GAAGGAUUCACACAUUGAGCAACUGGAAGCCAUGUUAGCUGCAAGGGAGCCGCUGUCGAGACACGGCAAGACAUCCGUGUUGCACUUGAUCACUAGAGAACAUGCCGACGCAGAAAAGCGUUCUGCAGAGGAGCAGGUUCAUACCUGGAAGAAACUGUGUGACGCCAAAGACGAGGACUUGCAGAGCAAAGAGGCCGAGCUUAGGGAACUGAAAUUGACUCUGAAAGACUUGCAAUACGAGCUCAAAGUGGAGCGCGAAAACUCACAGAAAUCACGACAAAACACAGUGGCAUCAACACCGCGAGGGUUGGCCAAGGGCGUGCUUGGAUCAGACGAACCUAAGAACGCCCGACUCAUUACGUUCUACGAAGAUAUCACCAAUCUUCUCGUCACGGAUGUAAAGCUGGCACAUACGCCACAGACAGGCCCAAAGCAGUGGAAUUUAAUGUGCAUCUACACGUACAGCUAUCAGGGCGUCGACAGAAGCCUCGCAUUUUCCUUGAAGUUCACAUGGCAGCGAAUGGAUGAUGAACCCAAGGACAGUCCGUUGGAGCCGGACAUGCAUCUGGGUGUUGACUAUGUGCCGGUCGAUCUGGACAAAGAGCCGAUUGAAUUCGUCGACGCUCUGGAUUUCCUCAACUCGCCCUUCACCUUUCCCCGAAGACAGCUGCCCGUGUUUUACACGCGUUUAAGUCAGGCCAUGAAGACAGCCUGCGAAGAAAAUGAUGAGGAAGAUGAUGACGAGAUGGAUCUCGAGGAGAACUGAGCUCCUUCAACUGUACUUGUGCUAAUCUAGGGCAACUAGGGUAUUCCUCUGAAAGACUCGGACGGUUUUAGGCGUGGAAGACGGAAGAUCGUGAGACCCUGGCCUUCGAGAGCGUCGGCUUGAAAAGGAACGUCAUGUAGCACAAGCUGUUCCAGAGCUGCACAGCCAUCGAUGGGAUGCAUUCGUGAGCGGACCAAAUCGAGGAGAGAAGUCGGCUGAGCAGCAGCUUGGAUCUCCAACAUGCGCAGAUUGGGCAAAAUGGAAACCGCGGAUUGGUGCAGCCCAAGAAGGAUGCCUUCCACACACUGGAAUGCUUCUAGGCCCCAUGCGACGAUCACGAACUGUGUCACAGAGGGCAGGGUGCACAGCGUCCUCAACAACUGGGGGACCAGAAUUUUUGCUUUGAAGGUUAUGUGUAGCUCGGCUAGCCGGGUGGAGGAGCGUUCGAGGAAUGCCGCAAUCGCGGACGUCGGAAUCUGGAACUCCCGGCGACAGACAAACUCCAGCGUCGUGAGCGAGGGGGCAGUGAGCAAGUUCAGGACUUCAACUAUGGGAUUACGACUGAAUCCCCGCAUGACCAGCACCAGUCUGCGCAGCUCGGGGAAGACGGGGACUUGUGCAACCUGAUAAGGCUUUUUGGCGGGAUGAUAAGGAUUCAGAACAAGGGUUCUCAAUCGCGGGGAACAGCCUCGGGACAGGAAGUACAUCAGAUCCCAAGUGACCGCGGCACCCAAGUGCAGCUCCGUGAGCUGAUGUAGCGGAACAGGCACAUCCUGCGGGAGGUAGUUUCCGAUGACUAAGCGUUCGAGUUUGGGCGCCGUUUCGAGGAAAUCAGGUUCAGAGCUUUGGUACGCCGUAAAGCCAAACGGAUAGAACUCCAGGCUUGUCAAAUGAGGCAGUCUGCCGCGGAGAGUGCUGUACACAGGCUCCAGGGCAGGAGAGAUCGCCAGCUUGACCCGCUCCCACCGCUGAGAAUGGCAGACUAACAAGCUCAACAAAUUUAGAGCAACAGCGUCAGCAUGCAUGGAGGAGCUCGUAAUCGAGAAGUCCGCCUCGAACGAAAGCAAGCAAGACUGGGAUCUCUCGAGAUGCAGACGCAGAAGCCGGGUGAUCACUUCCUCUGCAACGGCAGAGAAACCCUGCUUCGAAAGCUUUUUGGGACCCAAGGAAAAGGAGGUCCAUAGGAGGGGAGAGGAUAGCGCCAACGACCUCCAGAGUGCACAUACGUGUGAGAUGCAUACGGCGUUGCUGGAGAGGAUCGAGGACUGCUCAGUACAACAGACGCCGAAUAUUUCGAUGAGUAGUUCAGGAGGGAAGCGCCCGAAAGCGCCCAUCUGAGUCUGAGGGUCGGGAACCAGGUCGG